GUGAUAAUUCUAAUUUUGUUGAACUUGUGAUUUGUAGGCGCCGAGGUGUACACCGACGGGAUCCUUCAGCCGAAAGUCGUAACGUUCAUCCGAAUGUUCUGGACUUUCAAACCGACAAUUGAAGGGUUUCGUUUUUGCAAGCCAGUUUUGUUCGUCGACGGUACUCAUUUGUAUGGCAAAUACAAAAUGACCUUGUUGAUCGCGUCGGCAAUCGAUGGGAACAGUCACAUCAUGCCACUGGCAUUUGCACUUGUUGAAUCUGAAAGUACUGCCAGUUAUGAGUACUUUUUUGAACAUUUGCGUGAGCACGUGAUUUGCGAAAGGAAAGUGGCCAUUAUAUCUGAUCGGCACGCUGGAAUAUUGUCGGUUCUGAAGCGUCCUGAAUGGGCCGGUGUCGCCCACAAGUUUUGCAUCAGACAUUUCUGUAGUAAUUUUCAGACCAAGUUUAGGAACAAGGUUUUGAAGAAGCUGGCAGAUAAAGCAGGCCGAGCAUAUCAGAAGCACAAGUAUAAACGCUACAUGACAGCGAUCGAGGUUAGAAGCCCAGAAGCGUAUGCAUGGCUGACUAAGCAAGAAAAGCGGCCUAAAGAAAAGUGGACAAGGGUGUAUGACAAAAAAGGGCAACGACACAAUGUGAUGACAACUAACUAUGCUGAGUCUGUCAACGCGACACUGAAGAAUAUAAGGGGGCUUCCGAUCACAUCAAUGCUUGAGGCAAUUUUUGCUCGGAUGGUGAAAAUGUUCGACACGCGUUGGAAGACGUAUGAGGAGUUGAUUGCUACAAACGUUCACUACACCCCAAUAUGCAUCCAACUACUGAAGCAGAGGGGGGAGAAGGCCCGUUUUCAUACAAGUCAGACGUACGACCGUUCUACGAUGACAUGCAAAGUGGAAACUAGGAAGAACGGCUCAAAUGGGAGAGGAGGAAAUACCCAUACGGUAAACCUUCAGCAUAAGAAAUGCACGUGCGGUAAAUUCCAGCAAUUUAAGUUGCCCUGCUCUCAUGCUAUGGCCGUUUGUGCAAAGGAGAAGCUGAACCCUCUUGAGUUUGUGCAUUGGCAUUACCAGACCAAGUUUGCAAUUCAAUGCUGGAACACUCCAUUUAAAGUGUUACGUGCCGGCACAAACUGGAAGAAGUCCGGCGUAGACGAACCCCACUUCAUUCCAAACCCUGAAUGGCGUCGAAAAAGAGGGCGUCCAGUCAACCAGCGCUUCAGGAACGAGAUGGAUCAGGAAUACAGGGAAGAUCCGAGUCCUAACUGGUGUAGUAGAUGUUGUCGCCGGGGUCACAAUGCAAAUGAUUGUACCAAUCCUAUCCGAGAUGAGUAGAUUAUGACUGUUAUCGUGUAAUAGACAAGAAGUAGUUAUGACUGUUAUUGUAUUUGUGAUGACUGUUAUUGUAUUUGUGAUGAUUGUUAUUGUUUUAAUGAAUGUUACUUUAGUAAUGUAUUAUUCUUUUGAA